CCCUCCACAAAAUCACCAAAAAUGCCGGCCACCAAUGGCCCUCUCCACUAACCCCUCCACCUCCCCCACGGCGGCGCUCCGGCCAACCACCAGGAAACUAAAAUCCCAUCAAAACACAUCCCCUUCCUUGUCAUCACAUGCAUAAUUUUGCCCCCACAUGCAUGCUCUCCCCUAGCACCACCACUGAACUAAACCAUAUUCAAAUGGAGACUAAACCACAACCACUACCAAAAACCCUCAUAUUAUUCUUGUUCUUCCUUGCCAUUGCGCAAAGUAGCCGUUCUUUAUCGUCAGACGGGGAAGCCCUCCUCUCCCUCAUCGCGGCGGCCGACCCAUACUACAAAUCCUCCUCCCCAAUCCUCUCCACAUGGGACCCCGCCGCGGCCACCCCAUGCGCAUGGCAAGGCAUCACAUGCUCCCCUCACCAAAGAGUCAUCUCCCUCUCCAUCCCCAACACCUUCCUCAACCUCUCCUCCCUCCCCCCUUCUCUCUCCUCCCUCUCCUCCCUCUCCCUCCUCAACCUCUCCUCCACCAACAUCUCCGGCCCCAUCCCCCCCUCCCUCUCCGCCCUCUCCUCCCUCUCCCUCCUCAAUCUCUCCUCCAACUCCCUCUCCGGCCCCAUCCCCUCCUCCCUCUCCGCCCUCUCCUCCCUCCAAUUCCUCUACCUCAACUCCAACCGCCUCACCGGCCCCAUCCCCGCCUCCUUCUCCUCCCUCUCCUCCCUCCAAAUCCUCUGCCUUCAAGACAAUCUCCUAAACGGCACCGUUCCACCCCACCUCGGCUCUCUUUUAUCCCUCCAGCAGCUCCGCAUCGGCGGCAACCCUUUCCUCACCGGAGAAAUCCCCUCCUCCUUAGGCCUCCUCCAAAACCUCACCACCCUCGGCGCCGCCGCCACCUCCCUCUCCGGCCAAAUCCCCCCCUCCCUCGGCAACCUCACAAACCUCCAAACCCUAGCCUUAUACGACACCGACGUCUCCGGCGUCAUCCCCCCGGAGCUCGGAUACUUAUCCGAGCUCCGCAACCUCUACCUCCACAUGAACAAGCUCUCCGGCGAAAUCCCGCCGCAACUCGGCCGCUUAAAGAAACUCACCAGCAUGCUCCUCUGGGGAAACUCCCUCUCCGGGGACAUCCCAGCCGCCCUCGCAAAUUGCACCGAUCUCGUCGUGCUCGACGUCUCCGCCAACGAGCUCUCCGGAAAAAUCCCCGGGGAGCUCGGGCUCCUACAAGUCCUGGAACAGUUGCACCUCUCAGACAACGCUCUGGCGGGACCCAUCCCGCCAGAGCUGUCCAACUGCAGCAGUCUGAUCGCUCUGCAGCUGGACAAGAACCAGCUGUCAGGGGCCAUCCCCUGGCAGGUUGGCAGACUGAACUACCUCCAGAGCUUUUUCCUCUGGGGGAAUUCUGUCUCUGGAAUGAUCCCGCCAGAGUUCGGUAACUGUACUGAGCUCUACGCGCUGGACCUUUCCAGAAACAGGCUCACUGGGAACAUACCUGAGGAGAUUUUCAAGCUGGAGAAGCUGAACAAGCUUAUGCUUCUCGGGAAUUCGCUUACUGGCACGUUGCCGCGCGCAGUGGCAACGUGUCAGUCCCUCGUGAGGCUGAGGCUCGGGGAGAAUCAGCUCACGGGGCAGAUACCGAAGGAGAUUGGGCAGCUGCAGAAUCUCGUGUUCCUCGAUCUCUACAUGAAUCGUUUCGAGGGGAGUUUGCCCCGUGAGAUUGCUAACGCGACCGUGUUAGAGCUCUUGGAUUUGCAUAACAACUACAUGACCGGAGCGAUACCGGAAGAGUUAGGUAAUUUAGUUAACUUGGAGCAGCUUGAUUUGAGUAGUAAUAGCUUCAGUGGUGAGAUUCCUUCCACAUUUGGCAAUUUCAGUUACUUGAAUAAGCUUAUCUUGAAUAAUAAUUUGUUAGUUGGAAAGAUUCCUAGCUCUUUGAGGAAUCUACAGAAGAUCACUUUGCUUGAUUUGAGUAGCAACAGUUUAUCUGGUGUGAUUCCUGAUGUGGUGGGAUACUUAGCUAGUUUGACAAUCAGUUUAGAUUUAAGUUGUAAUCGAUUCACCGGUGAGAUUCCCGAGACAAUGUCGGGUUUGAGGCAGCUCCAGUCUCUUGAUCUGUCGCGUAACAUGUUGUCCGGGAGGAUCACGGUGCUGGGCGCCUUAACUAGCCUGACUAGCCUCAACGUCUCGCAUAACAACUUCUCCGGCCCUGUCCCGGUGACGCCUUUUUUUAGGACCUUAACCGUGGAGUCGUUUCUUGAGAAUCCCCAUUUGUGCGAGUCUGUGGAUGGAAUCACUUGUUCGUCGCGGUUUAGGGUUAGGAACGGGUUGAGGUCGGCCAGGACCAUCGCGCUUGUGGCCGUGGUCUUGGUGUCUGUGUUGAUGUCGGUUGUGGCGGUUUGGAUUAUUGUUGCUAGAAACCAUCAUAGGUAUGUUGUGGAUCAUAAGCCGGGCUUGUCGGGUGGGGCAGGGGAGGAGGACUUCUCGUAUCCGUGGACGUUCAUCCCGUUCCAGAAGCUUAACUUCUCGGUGCAGGACAUUUUGGGGUGUUUGAGGGACGAGAACGUGCUUGGGAAGGGGUGCUCGGGGGUGGUGUACAAGGCGGAGAUGCCUAAUGGGGAGGUGAUCGCGGUGAAGAAGCUGUGGAAGACGAGGAACCGGGAGGAUGAGAGUAUCUACGACUCGUUUGCAGCUGAGAUACAGAUUCUUGGCCACAUUAGGCAUAGGAAUAUUGUGAAGUUGCUUGGCUAUUGCUCUAAUAGAAGUGUGAAGCUCUUGUUGUAUAACUACAUACCUAAUGGGAACUUGCAGCAGCUGUUGUUGAACAAUCGGCAGUUGGAUUGGGAGACGAGGUAUAAGAUUGCGGUUGGGUCGGCCCAGGGGCUCGCGUACUUACAUCACGACUGCUUGCCCGCCAUCCUCCACCGCGACGUCAAGUGCAACAACAUCCUCUUGGAUAACAAGCACGAGGUGUAUUUGGCGGAUUUUGGCCUCGCGAAGCUCAUGAGCUCGCCUACUUACCACCAGGCAAUGUCCAGAGUCGCCGGCUCUUAUGGAUAUAUCGCGCCAGAGUAUGGAUACACGGUGAACAUAACGGAGAAGAGCGAUGUGUACAGCUAUGGAGUGGUGCUGCUCGAGAUACUGAGCGGGCGAAGCGCGGUGGAGCCACAGGUAGGGGACGGGCUGCACAUCGUAGAGUGGGUGAGGAAAAAGAUGGGGAGCUUCGAGCCAGCAGUGUCGGUGCUAGACUCGAAGCUGCAGGAGCUGCCGGACCAGAUGGUGCAGGAGAUGCUGCAGACGCUCGGGAUAGCGAUGUUCUGCGUGAACUCAUCGCCGGGGGAGAGGCCGACGAUGAAGGAGGUGGUGGCGCUGCUGAUGGAGGUGAAGAGCCAGCCAGAGGAGACCGGGAAAACUUCAUCUCAGCCGUUGAUGAAACAGUCCUCAAAUCAUAGCUGAUUGAUGAUGUUUUUUUGAGGGAGUUUUAUUUUGUUAGUAUUAGGGAAAUUAGUGAUUUAUUUUCUUGGAUUUGGAUCUGCAUUAUGCAAAUUAGCUUUUGUUUUUGUACAGUUUUAGUGUCUCAAAAUUGGAUUUUGCUCUUGUUACAAUUUAAUCAUGUUUUGUUAUUACAGACAUUUUCCGAUUCGAA